GAGGCAUUUACAUAAAUUAAUGCACCAAGAAACGAAACCAUGGAUCCUGCUACCGUCGAUGAAUCUCCGAGCCGGCGGCGUCCAUGGUGGCAAAACAAAUACGUAAUAUACGACCUUGUCAUGAACGUGCUCUUGAUAGGCUUCAAUGUUGCAACCUUUUUGUAUAUAAGACAUUAUAAGAUUCCCCUAGUUUCAAGUAUAGACCAUAUGAUCGAGUUUUUGGUGGCUCUCUACUGUCUAGCAAACAUUGUUGGUGUGGCUACAUGGGUAUACAUGUUCAAGAAGAUCCCCGAACGUCCUUUCGAAGGCGGCGUCAUGGGUGUUGCUCAUAUCUGUGGCGUUAUUUUACUAAUUCUCUUCCUCUAUUCUAUUUCUCUCGCCGUUGCUCUCAUUAUCGGUAUACCUUCUUUGUUAUGGUUUAUACCCUUUUUAUGUUACUCUAUAACACAUUAACUAGA